UGAACGUGCUGCUGCUGCCUUCAGCGUGUGGGGAAUAACACAGAGUGAGACUGAGGACGAAUAAGCCGACCGCUUGCCUUGAACAAGCCCAAGAGCCCUCCAGUCAUCUUGCAGUGGAGGUAACGCAGUCAGAAUCCCGCCGAGCGGGAACCCACCUCACUGUCGACCAGCCUCUUUACUUAAGUAUCAGCCCUACCACGCCUAUCUCAUGCCCUCGUAGGUCUUCGAGCUGUAUCCGUUCGGGAAUCUCCCGGCCCUGCCUACUACUUCAAUCCUUUACCUUACUCUUUGCUCAACCCACGAAACCAUCCCGCCCUCUUACACGACGACAGCUCCGUGUGCCCAACAUGGACGCCCUUCCCUUUUCGGCCGAAGGUGGUGAAGCUAAUGUAACGCGUUUCUCGCAACAACAACUUCUAGACUUUUUCUUCCCGGGCUUUUCAGGUGUGUCAUGGACCGGCUUUUACAUGCCAAGUUGCCGGGAGCAAAGCUGCUUCCAGGGACCGCAAGGCGGCUUGAACUCGACACCUCGGGACCGCGUCUUGAUAUGAGCAUUCCGAAUUGAACUGACAGCUUUGGUUAGUGAUCUCGACCGCCGCGAGCAAAUACCUACGUGUCGACCUCAACCUGUACAUCCCGCUGAUCCUCCUCUGCGGCUGCCUCACCUUCGUAUGGCGCUAUUUCACCGACUACUUCUGGGACCUGGUCGAGUCGCAUCUGAUGUCGUACGUUAAAAAGAGAAGCCAGCCGUUUCAGUUACCCGGAGUGCGGCUAAUACUGGUUCUCAAGACGAGUCGACAUUCGCGUCGACGAUGAGACGUUCAACUACACCAUGGCCUGGGUGUCAAGCCAGCGCUUUGCCCAGGGCGCGAGGAGAUUUGUUGUAAAUACAAACCUCAAUAGUGUAAGUGAGG